AUGACUCAGCCUGUUUGUGUCUUUGGCCCCCACGAAGUAGCUUUAUCGCGUGAGGCUCCGCAAUAUCCCUUUACACUCUUUUCUAUAUCUUUCCUUCGAUUAAAUUCCUUAAAACACGACAGACGCGACAAAAUGGGCAACCAAAAAACACCACCCAGUUCCAUAGUCUGCAAUAUCGCGGCUAUGCCGACCGAACUCGCUCAUCAAAUCAUCGAUGACCUGCGGGUAUGGGACAUCCUCAAGCUGCUAUGCUACGAUAAUGAUCGAGUAGACGCGUGCAUCAUGUCCCAUCCAAUCUGUCGCAACAUGUUGGGUGCCGACCCAAAGACUUUCGCAAAGUGGAAAUUCGCUGCCCACCUCUAUAAAGAUAUAUUCACGGCAGUGGGAAAAGCAUCUGUACCAGAAAACUGGGCUGGAACAGACUAUCUUGGCGCAAAUAUCCACUGUGUCAAGCCUCAGAACUACGGAGAGAUCUUGAACCGUAUGAAGGACCGCAUCGAUGGCGAGCUCAAUAUCCAUUGGUGCAAAACAGACCUGACUCGGUUCGGUGCUCCUAAUUACUCCAACCGAUUUGGAUAUCUCAAGAGAGACUAUUCUUUCGAAGAGCUGAGGACAUGCUGGCAUGACAUACAGAAAGCAAAGGCCAAUUUAUUCCAGUUGAGGGCCUCGGAGCUUCGCUGGACUGCUGAUAUGUUGGAAACAAAUCCGGAUAUCCUAAAACGCACACUGGACCCGGCACAGGAAUUUCGGCCAAAUACUGCACACAUAGUGUCGAGAUUGCGGCAUACCGCCGAUGCCAUCAUACGAACCCCGGCCAAAAAAUUCAUCUUCUCAGAACACUUUAGUUAUGACUUCUUGGCGAUUAUUCCGUUCGACUCGGCCUUGGACCAACUGUUGCAUAUGAUGCAAAAACAUGGUAUCAUAGAAGGUGAUCAGGUUGCGGCGAGCAAAACGAUCGUUUUAGCUGGUGCCGCUUCGCACCCAUCUUCUAUCAUCAAUUCUGUUCGAAUUGUUAUUGAUGGAAUGCCGAAAUUCUAUAUCUCACCCCCGGAGGCGGCAGAGCAAAAAGCCGAAUUUGCGUGGAGGAAUGCAGCCAACAAAGAUGGCGAUCUUCUUCGAACGGCGAAUACUCCGUGGUCUGAACCAUGUGAUGCAAAUGAACGAGUUUCUUUAGAGGGACCCUAUUUUACACCGUUCAAAUAUGGUGGUAACAAAAGUUACUGGCGGCCACCAGCCCUUCAUUUAGAUCUUCAUCAUGAGAUGGAGAAAGAAUGGCUCGUCAGUUUUGUCGAGGUCUAUCGGUACUUGAAAAACUUGGAUGGGUAG